AUGGCUUGGAGAGCAGUAGGAAAAAAGGGCAUCCAUGCUAGUCUUACGCAAGCACUUACAGUAGUGUCUAAAGAUACAUUGUUAUCAACAUCAAAAUGUAGCUCUAAAUCGACCAAAGAACUAUCUACUUCAUUCAGACGCUUGCAAGGGUUUCGCAUCAGUUAUGUGAUUUGUGGUGCUAAUGAAGAUAUCCAUUUUUUGGACAACAGAUGUUUGAUAAGGAGUUUCCAUGCAAGUCCAGUACAGCUGGCUAAAAGAAAAGAGGAUGCAUCAUUGGGCCUAAAGAUUGCUGGGAGAGGGAAGGCUCUAAAUAAAGGGAAGUUCUCAAAAAGAAAGAAAGAGGCCAAACCGCCAGUCGAGACCCCAUAUUUGCCUCCUAAACUAAAAAGAGGUGCAAAGUCCUCAUCAGAUAAAACAAUUGAAAUAUUUGAAGGCAUGACUGUUGUAGAGCUUGCGAAGCGUUGCGGAGAAUCUAUAGCUACAGUGCAGCAUAUCAUUGUAAAUGUCGGGGAGAAAAUUGACUCAGAAUUCGACCCUCUCAGCAUCGAUAUAGCAGAGCUGGUUGCUAUGGAAAUUGGUGUCAAUGUUUGUAGGCUGCACUCUGAUGAUGGUGCUCAUGUAUUAGGACGUUCCCCAGUCGUCACAGUGAUGGGACAUGUUGACCAUGGUAAAACGUCUCUAUUGGAUGCUCUGCGACAAACCUCUUUGGCAGCAAAAGAAGCUGGAGGCAUAACGCAGCAUCUGGGUGCAUUUAUUGUUGGCAUGCAAUCCGGAGCGUCGAUCACAUUCCUGGACACUCCUGGCCAUGCUGCCUUUAGUGCGAUGCGAGCCAGAGGUGCAGCAGUUACAGAUAUCGUUGUACUUGUGGUUGCUGCAGAUGAUGGUGUGAUGCCUCAAACUCUUGAAGCAAUGUCUCAUGCAAAGGCAGCAAAUGUGCCAAUUGUUGUUGCAAUUAAUAAAUGCGACAAACCUGAUGCAAACCCAGAAAGAGUAAAAGUCCAGCUGGCGGCGGAGGGGUUGCUGCUUGAGGAGAUGGGUGGAGAUGUCCAGGUUGUUGAAGUUUCUGCGGUAAACAAAGUUGGACUCGAUAAGUUGGAGGACGCAUUGCUGCUUCAGGCUGAGUUGAUGGAUCUUAAAGCACGCAUUGAUGGACCUGCCCAAGCCUAUGUAGUUGAGGCAAGGCUCGACAAGGGACGUGGUCCAUUGGCUACUGCUAUAAUGAAGGCAGGGACCUUAGUUUGUGGGCAGCAUGUCGUCGUCGGUGCUGAGUGGGGAAGAAUUAGGUCUAUUAGGGAUAUGGCGAGGAAAGUGAUUGCACAGGCUAGACCAGCUAUGCCAGUUGAGAUUGAAGGGUUAAAGGGACUUCCAAUGGCAGGUGAUGACAUUGUUGUUGUGGAGUCUGAGGAAAGAGCUAGGAUGCUUAGUGAAGGAAGGAAAAAGAAAUUUGAGAAGGAUAGACUAACGAAACUGGAAGAGGAGAGGCCAAAAACUUCAGAAGAGGAAGAGGAAGAGGAAGAAGAGACAAAACCCGAACGGGUUGAAGUGCCAAUGAUAGUCAAAGCAGAUGUUCAAGGCACUGUCCAAGCAGUUACAGAUGCGGUGAAGAAUUUGAACAGUUCGCAGGUUUUUGUGAAGGUUAUUCAUGCUGGAGUUGGGCCUAUCUCUCAGUCUGAUAUUGAUAUGGCACAAGCCUGUGGUGCAUGUAUUGUUGGAUUUAAUGUGCGGGAUCUUCCUAGUUCUAUUGCUCUGGCUGCUACACAAGCCAAAGUGAAGAUAAAAUUGCAUCGCGUGAUCUACCAUCUUCUGGAGGACAUUGGUAAUUUCAUUGUUGAAAAGGCUCCGGGAACCCUUGAGACUCAGGUUGCGGGAGAAGCCCAGGUGCUGAAUAUCUUCGAGCUGAAAGGGAGGAGCAAAGCCAAGGGAGAUGAUGUGAAGAUUGCGGGUUGCAGAGUGAUAGAUGGCCGUGUCACUAAAUCGUCAACACUGAGACUUCUUAGAAGUGGGGAAGUGGUUUUUGAAGGAUCAUGUGCAUCUUUGAAACGUGAGAAACAGGACGUGGAGGCCGUUGGCAAGGGGAACGAUUGUGGGCUCGUGAUCAAAGAUUGUUUUGAUUUCCAGGUUGGAGAUGUUAUUCAAUGCUUGGUGCAAGUGAACAGAAAACCAAAGUUUGUUUCAUCAGAGAGUGGAGCAGUCCGAAUUGAAUGCUGA